GUUAGCAGACUUUAAAUUCGAAGUCCUCCAGCUAGAAAGGAGCUGUUUGAAGCCGUUGCACGGUCCCCGCUUAAUUGGGCGGUGAUGAUUUGCCGUGGAAUGGGGGUUUAAGACCUGUGGAGCUUUCCAGUAGAUGUCAGCGUCUCACUGAAGAGAUUAGUCUUGGUGGUGCCAUGAUUGUCUGGGUGUUCCUAGCCUGGCUCGGUCCCUGUGCCGCCAACCAGCUCCUCAGUGCCUUUGCCAAAAGGGACUUCCAGAAGAGCUCCCCACAGCUCGUCUGCAGCAUGCCAGGGCCCCAAGGCCCCCCUGGCCUGCCAGGGGCACCAGGACUUUCUGGGAUGGUGGGCCGGAUGGGCUUCCCCGGCAAAGACGGUCAGGAUGGAAAAGACGGGGACAGGGGCGAGAAUGGAGAAGAAGGUGUACCGGGGCGAACGGGAAACCCGGGGAAGCCGGGGCCCAAGGGGAAGGCCGGGGCCAUCGGCAGAGCCGGCCCACGAGGACCUAAGGGUCUCAGGGGGAAUCCAGGCCGGAAUGGAGCUGCCGGGAAGAAAGGGCCCAAAGGGAAGAAGGGAGAGACGGGGCUGCCCGGCCACUGCAGCUGUGGGGCCACCCAGGCCAGAUCCGCCUUCUCGGUGGCCGUCACCAAGAGCUACCCCCGCGAGAGGCUGCCCAUCAAGUUCGACAAGAUCCUGAUGAAUGAGGGCGGCCACUACAAUGUGUCCAGUGGCAAGUUCGUCUGCGGCCUGCCCGGGAUCUACUACUUCACCUAUGAUAUCACGCUGGCAAACAAACACCUGGCAAUCGGGCUGGUGCACAAUGGGCAGUACCGCAUCCGGACUUUUGACGCCAACACUGGCAACCACGACGUGGCUUCGGGCUCUACCAUUCUCUCCCUGAAGGAGGGGGACGAGGUCUGGCUGCAGAUCUUCUACUCCGAGCAGAACGGCCUCUUCUACGACCCUUACUGGACCGACAGCCUGUUCACUGGCUUCCUCAUCUAUGCUGACCAGGAUGAUCCCAAUGAAAUAUAGGGGGAAAGCGGGUGUGCACUGGGGGAAAGGGAAAUGGGAUUGGAGGGGAGCCUUGGAAAACUAUACCUCCAGCGGGGGAAUGAUCUCAAACAAGCUUCCCUCCCACCACUCACUGUCUGGGAUGGAGUUAUUACCGGUUCUUGCUCCCAAAGCCCCAGUAACUAGAAAAAAUGAUUGCCUCCCCUUGCCCUGUCGCUAGCCUAGAAACUUCCAACCUGUCUCCAGCUCCAGGACUGCUUGCUCCACUUUUCCAUGGGCCCUGGUCAGAGCGCGGCAUGCUAGCCAUUUGGGACUUUUUGGAAGUCAGAGUCAACCACUGUGCAGUUGCCAUUUAACUUGUUCUCUGCUUACUGGCCAGGUGUCAUCUCCGUCUACCAUGAGGCUUUCCUACCCUGGCUCCUUCUGCUUCGGAGGUGGAGUUGGUGAAAGAGAUCAUUCUGGGGUGGAGAGAGAAGGGUCUGCAGUGCACAGGCAUGCUCUCACUUCCUCAUUUCUCCUGGUCUCACUUGAUACUUGCAAAUCCAGAACUUUUGAAAAAGAGCAGAUGUGUUCUGGAAUAGGGAUGUUUUCAUCCCACAGCCUGUUCCAGGGUGUUAGAGAGCAGAUCCAGGGAGCAUGCUCAGAGUGGAGUUUUUA